AAUGAACAUGAAUUCUUGUUAGAGCGGUUUUGCCAGUUGCAUAAGCAAAAUCGAAGGCAAGGGACACUGCAACCAUUCAGACAGAUACCCGUUAAACGGAAUGCUCAAGUCACAACGGCCUUGCCUGCCUCGAAGUCAGAUGGCUCCCAGCCAUGGGUGGGUACAGGUCGGCUUCCAGCCGCCGCCUAUCAACUACUCGCAGACUCAAGUGGUUGCGUUGGAGAUCUCAACAGCACAUGAUUGUUCCAGAAGACAGGCUUUGGCUCAUGUAUCGGUUAGCCAUGAUGACCAUGCUCCAUACUGGUUGUUUUGGUGUGUUUCUAGAUUCCACAUGUUCGACUCGAUUCCCUUUGCGUGGCAGACAACGCGACAUUUUUCCAUUAUCUCUGGUUGCCGGUCAGGAGUUCAAACCUGAAAGUUGGACAACUCAGCGUUGGGCUUUGCUUCGUCUGUUUGUCAAUGCAGUCAUUGGAUCCCUCAACUGGUGUUAUGGUGUGAAAAAGGGCGCAGUUGGGCCAAUCUGCAGAACGGUCGUGCAGCAGGAUGUUGUCAGCCGAAUUGUGAGUCGAUGUCUAAAUUUUGAGCAGCGAUUACAAGAGCCAAGUGCAGGAAGCUGGGAAGCCUUCACGCCUGACUGGGUCGACUUGGGAGAGCGCCCGUUGGGUCCCAAAUACGGAAAUUUGCAGGCAGAAGCUGUAGAUGUGCUUCCAUGUGCAGGCGCUUGUGAUCCCUCGACGUGUCUCCCACAAGAGGUGCGAGAAGUUGUGGAAUGUGAAGGCCUCAUGUUUGGUGAGGCCCCAGCCGGUCUGGAUGCAUAUGAGGGCGUGCCGCCAGAGGAUAGAGAACAAUAUGUCAAGCUGGUAGUUCGUCAACUCCGGGCCGGGCAAUUAGGACUUUCCAGUCAUGCCAAAGGCGGUGGCGGCGUCAUUGCCGUUGCCAAGCCUGGUGGCAAGCGGCAGCGUGCAGUGUGGAAUGGUAGUCGGGUUUCAGCAGCGGCUGCAAAACCUCCAAAGCCUCGUCAUUUGGCGUCUCCAACAGCUUUGACUUUUUUGGAAUGCAUGGAGGGCCGUACCAUCAGAUGCAGCAAGAGAGAUGCUAGCUGUUGGUUUGAUCAGUUGGCUCUACCAAAGGAAUUGCAACUAUGGAUGGGACGGCCCCCAGUAUACCUGGAGGAACUUUGCUCUGUUGGAGAUAUGACAAAAGAGGGGAUACAAAAACACAUGCUUCCUGGGUCCCAUACAAACAAAGAUUUGGUUGUGCCGGUCAGCUUGACAUGGCCUAUGGGAUUUGCGUGGAGUUCUUAUGUUGCCCAAGAAUUCUUGCUUGAUCUCUGCAAUUCAGCCGGCCUUUCGGAGCACAAAGUUUUAUCUUGCGAAACCACUACCCCAAUGUCCUUUGAGCUUGUUUUUGCAGCAGCAACUGAUGACCUGAUGAUUUUCAGUGAUGCCAGGCCAGGUGUCACACAAUCUGCCGCCAACAGAGUAGAUAGUGAAUUUCAACGGCGUGGUGCUGUCCGCAAUUCUCGCAAAGAUAUUGAUGAUGAGGUUUCUGCAACCUGUGUUGGGGUGCAACUGGAAGAGGGCACACAUCUGGGCGUCCCCCCACAGAGAUGCAUUGCAAUGGUGGUUUCUUUGCUCUUUGUGCUGGAAAAAGCCUUUGCGUCCCCCAAGCAAGUGCAUCAAAUCUUGGGAGUGCAACAGUGGUUUGACUUGCUGUGCCGCUGCAAGCUGUCUGUGCACAACAAAGUCUACAGUUUUGUGCGCGAUCCCCUGGACACUACGGGCCGUCCGUGCUUGGUCUAAGGCUUUCCGGGCUUCUCGGAAGUUGGCCAAUACCUCACCAUCCGUCGGUUCCUCCGCAAGGGCCAAAAUGGCCUCAUCAUGCCAUUCUUGGAUUUCUUCCAACUCAUCAUCCACUUCAUAGAUCCCAUUGGGCUCUUGCUGUUCUUCCACUGGCUCUUCAUCAUCUACUGCAUAAGUAUGUCCGGGCUGGUUCUUCUUCACCUUCACCUCCUAUAGACGUGGCAAGUACUACCGAUGAAA